AUGGCAGCAGGCAUUCCAUGGCAGAAAGGUCGGGAGGAGGACACGAUCGUUAUUGACGACAAGCAAGGAACAUUGAUAUACAGUACGCCCAGGGAGGAUGAUGCCAAGAAAAUGUUGGACCUGAAAGUCCUAAAGCUCGACGGCAAGGAGUACGAGGUGAAGACAUACAUGGCAGCGCCUGAAAGCUGUGGCAAAGGAGUGCGCUUGCACGGUGGUGACGACGGAGAGAAGUGCGGCGAGGAGGUCGACGAUGAGAUGCUCAUCUGGGCCAGCACUGAGCGCGGCGAGUGCCUGCUGGCUCGCGUUCGCCGUCAGCCUUCCAGGAGAACGGCUGAAGCGUGGCUUUACCUGCGGACUGCCGAUGGUCAUAGUUAUGUGCUGCCAUCAGGCAGACAGAGCACCACUGACUCUUCGCAGCAAGGUGUGUAUGCUGCCUCAGGUUUGCGACUGGAACAGCUGGUGCCGAUGCGCCGAUGGAGAGUCGCUUUCAAUGGACUGCUCAGAUGUACCACACGUGCAGGUGCUAUGGUUCAAGUUCAGCUUGGUCUUGUGUGCAAAACAUCUUCCCACGUUUUCGAACACCAGGCCCAUUUCCCGGCGAAUUUCGUGGCGCGGCAACUGGCUGGCGAGAGAUGGACCAAGCAUGGCAUACCCAAUGUGCCCAGACUUCUGGACGAGGUCGACGGCUACACGCAGCAUGUCUUUUGCACGGGUUCUGUCAGUGUGGACAGCGAAACACCACGAGAGUUGUUCCUUUGGGGUUUUCGCAUCAGGAGCAUCGAAAAUCGGAGCUACCCUCUGAGCUCCUUUGGCCACAUCAUGGGCAGAACUAAAAGUGGAAUUACCUUCUUUCUUCGAGAAGUUGGCAUUCAUGGUCUGACAGAAAGGUACCAGACGGGCCUAGUCGCCCUCCCCUCAACAGAAAUUUCUCCCGUUACUGACUGCUGCCGACGGAUACUGAAGGAUGGCCUCGGCUUCAAGCAACACUUUAUGCUCGAGUUCGGUCCUGGCCUCAACCACCUUCAACUGGACGUGCAUUCUGACAAGGAGCCACAGGAUAAACAACUGUUGGAGACAUGCUACCGUGGUGAGAACGCUGAAGUGGCACUCAGCUGGUUUCCGUGCAUGGUCAACGAAUACCCUGGCUGUUUGUUGCACCUAUCGAGCCCGAGGCAAACUUCAAGUCGGUGCUUUAUGCGAGAGAAGAAGCUUGUGGCAUCACUUUUUCCCACGCUUCAAGAUAUAGACAAUCCUAGUGAGUAUUUCUGA